AUGGUAGACAGGGAUCACAGGGACUCACAGGGAUCACAGGGACUCACGGGGAUCACAGGGACUCACGGGGAUCACAGGGACUCACAGGGAUCACAGGGACUCACGGGGAUCACAGGGACUCACGGGGAUCACAGGGACUCACGGGGAUCACAGGGACUCACGGGGAUCACAGGGACUCACGGGGAUCACAGGGACUCACGGGGAUCACAGGGACUCACGGGGAUCACAGGGACUCACGGGGAUCACAGGGACUCACGGGGAUCACAGGGACUCACGGGGAUCACAGGGACACACAGGGACUCACAGGGCUGA